AUGGAUGGAUGUGCGGGUAAACGAUCAGUUGACCGGAUGGUUGUUCCCAGAAAAGCAAGCGGUCCUGUUCUGCGUGAGAAUAUGAACAAGAAAGAUGAAAAGAAAGUCUCUUUCUGCAGCCGAAUUGGUUGUAGUGCAAAGGUAACUUCCACCAAGGGAACCCGGAUUGGCUCUACGGACAACAAUACAAAAGUUAGUCGUCCUCCGGUUUGUUCUUCUUCCUCAAAUGGAAAGGAAACUGUUGGGAGUUCAUCUCGAACUCCGGGUGGAUUUGGAUACUUAAGAAAGCCAGCCAAAGGGGCUGGCAGGCCACAGCCGUCAUCUAAUUUGGACACAGACUCUUCAGAGACGAGCAGUACUCAUGAUCAUCCGCCUGCAGCGGAGCCUAUCCUUACACCCCAAAAGACUAAAAGAGGCACAAUCAAUGUUCAGUCUCAAAAUACUGUGACAAAGGCAGUAAGCUUAAGUAGAGGAACCAUCAGAAGUAGUCAUCAGAAAUCUGCCUUGGGCACUCGAGAUGCUCUUAUGAGUCCCUCUGUUUCUUCAUCUUCUGGUAGUGAGAAGACUGUAAGAGGUGGUAUGACCAGGAAUGGAUUGAGGAACUUUAGGUGUAACUCUGUGUCUGAUGUUCUUCCAGCUAACUCAAGCUCGGCAGCAAAAAUCAGUGUGGCUAAAAAGAAAAACUCUGAUGGAGGAGAGAGCAGCUCCUCUAGCACAGGCAGUAAGACUAGCACGCCGGUGCUGAAGGGAAGGAAUCAAAGUUCUUCUCAAGGAAAUGGCAUCACAAUUUCUGAUAACAGAAGGAAUCGAAUAGUACCAACUAUCAGGGAUAACAGUGUUGUUUCAAGUAGCGGUAGGAGGUCUGGGUUUUUUGGCAGAUCAGGGCGAGUUGGAGCCGUUGCAACUCCUGCUACUUCUCGACAAACGCCUCAUCCUGCAACACCAACCAAUCCCAGUCCUUCUCUUGCUUCCAGUCCAUCAAAUAGUCACAGUAGGCCGAACAGUAGUACUGGCCGAUUACGUAGCAGGAUGCCUGGUAGCCCCUCAGAAGCUGACCCUUCACGCUCUUUGGCGAACCAGGAUGGUCUAAGUCGGUACAACAUGAAUGGCAUUGCAGAGGUAUUGUUGGCCCUGGAAAGAAUUGAACGUGAUCAAGAGCUUACAUACGAGCAACUGGCCUCUUUAGAGACGAAUCUAUUCUCAAGUAGUACGAUGAGACUCUAUGACCGGCAUAGCGAUAUGAGGCUUGACAUUGAUGACAUGUCAUAUGAGGAACUACUAGCUUUGGGGGAUAAAAUGGGAACAGUGAGCACAGCUCUAAGCGAAGAAGCACUCUCGAGAAGCCUAAAGAAAAGCAUUUAUCAGGAGACAAAUGAAACCGGUGCCAAUUCUUUGAACGAGGAUGAUGAUAUCAAGUGCAGCAUUUGCCAGGAAGAGUAUGUUGAUGGAGAUGAAGUAGGGACUAUGCCAUGUGAACAUAUGUACCAUGUGAGCUGCGUACAACAAUGGCUACGGAUGAAGAAUUGGUGCCCUAUCUGCAAAACCUCUGCGGAAGAGAAGAAGUCGUUGUAG